AUGAUGACUGUGGGGCGCCACGUUCUGUCCGUGCUGGCUCUCGUGCUGUGCUGCGCGUCGCUGUGCGUGUCGGCUGCUGCCACACAGACGGAGGCAAGCGUGGAAAAGUCAGUGCCGACGACACUGUUGGUGAAGGCUGAAGCCUUUAAGAAUUCACUUAGACCGGAGACGGAAGCACGCAUCGCUGACGUUGAGAAGUUCUUUCCGUCCAAGCUUCAAAGUGUGAAAACUUUGUCUGAGCAGACUGCUGCAAAGGAGAAGGAUGUCACUGUUUCUGCGACAACAGCGUGGGCUGCAAAGGAUACGGCAUUGGAAGCAGCAGGAGAGGCUGAGAAAGUCGUGAUAGAAGCCAAACGAAUUGUCAUGGAAGCUAGACAAGCGGCGAGAACACCUUCAAUGGCUAAGAAAUUCCUUGAGGAAAAUAAAGAAAAGGCGGAAAAUGUCAUACGGAGCGCUCAAAUGGCAGCAACGGACGCUAAGUCAAAGGCAGCGGCAGCAAGUGCGGCAGCGACUUCUGCCUGGGAGGCGGUGAAGGCCACAGAGCAAGCUGUGAAUAAGGUUGCGAAUGAUGAAGCGCUGCUAACAACCGAUACGAAAUCUAAUGAGACAUUGAUGCUGGCUGUUUUUAUUGUGCUGAGGAAGAUUGAAGGCCCCGUGAAAGCGGCAGUGGAUGCUGAAGAAGCGGCAGCGAACGCCACUUUGGCUGCGGAAGAAGCCGAGCAGCAGGCAAGUGCUGCCGAAACUGCCGCGAACGACGUCAGAACUGGUAUAGAUCGACUAACAAGUAUUGUUCAAAGAGUUUAUGAAAGUGUGGAACAGGGAAAAGCAGAGAAGUUGAAAAGUAAAACGCUGGAAGAAGGCACUGUGUCACGUACCGACAACGCAGACUCCCUCGAUGCCCCGCCCGAAAAUGAGGCUGGCACCGCGGGCGAAGCUGCUGCGUCAGCGGGGGGCUCCCUUGCCUCUGCCUCUGCGAGUGACAAGGACAACGGCAAGACGAUUGCUAACCUCUACGUGGGCGACAGCAGCGCACCAGCAUGGGCCCAAGCGCCGUCUCUGCUGCUUAAGUUACUGGCAGCGCUGUUCUGCACUGCCGUGUGGUAA